AUGGCUCCCUCAUUCACCUCCAGAUUGUUUACCACUGCUGCAAUCUUAUACAGCGCUUUUCAUGCAUCCGCUGCUCCCAGUACCCGGCAGGUUCUCGAAACCAGUCAUGGAAUCCUCUCUGCACCCUCCAGCGGGGUAGUAGUUUCCCAAGGCUCAUCGUUCCCUUUCGAAUUCCAAGAUUCCAACUGGUGUGAAGACGGAUACAGCUCCAUUUCAGUCUGGCUCACUAAUUACGCUCCGACAUAUUUGAACGUCAACUCGACAGGUCAAUUUUCCGAAGGCGAAUAUAGUUAUUAUUUCGGGUCGUACUUGAUACCGAAUUUCGGAUUACCUGUUCUCUCGGGAAGUACGCCCCCUCCGUCGAGCCUUCCACUCCCAGGAUUGAAUCUCUCUACUGGAGAUGAGGUUUACCUUGCCGUUGUCGAGACGGGCACCAGUUGCCCACCGGGCCUCCACAUUCCCCCUCAGUACGAGCUGACAGAAACCUCUAUUAUAGUUGGAUAG